UUAAGUGUGCUUACUCUAAAUCAAGUAUUUUUCAGAUGCCCAUGCUCUGCCAGUAAGGAGAUGCACAAGAAGCUGGGAGGGAGAAUGGCCAGGACAGCUGACCCAAAGUGGCCAGGUGGAUGUUCCAUACCAUACAGCCUGUACAGGACACUCUGAAAAUAGGCUGGAAGCUCCAGGACAGGUCUUGCAGGACAGACCAGCGUAGCUGUGGAGUGCUGGGUUCUUGCCUAAGAGUCACCCAGUUAGCCACGAGGGAAGCUGAGAACUAUGCAGCACUGAUCCAGCAACAAAUUGAGGACAAACAAAACUUGAGAGAAAAGGCUGUAUAUGGAAUUCAGCUCACAGAAGAAAAACUUAAUGACUUCCGUGAUGAGCAGAUUGGGCAGCUGAAGGAACUGAUGGACGAGGCUACCAAACCUCAUAAAAAAAUCACAAUUUCUAAAGACUCAGAAUACAAAACCUAAAAGAUUAAAAGAAUUAUUUUGAUGCAUAUUGCAACCAUUUUGAAGCUUUUUCCAGUUGUACUUGAAUGUGGUUUCUGUGAGAUAAUGGACGCUGCUGAUGCUAUAACUUGUCUGAAGUGGAUGUGUUUGGCUUUCUGUGCAAAAACAAAUGGAAAAAUGGAAUAAUCACACUUUUUUGUUAAUUGCUUUAUUUUUUCUCCUUUUUGUUUUUUCCUUCCUAAUGGAUGUUGAAGACUGAAAGAAUUUGGGGAAAGUAAAUUGACGUUUUUAAAAUAUGGAGUUGUUAGUUUUGGAGUUGUUUCGUAAUCUUGGCACCAACAGGGCAAAACAUCUUUCUGUUUGCUUAUCAUCCUCUUCCUUAAUGCAAAAGAUGCUAUUAGCAUUUAUUUUCUGGUCAAUAUUCAGUAGACAAAGGAAUGGUACUAAAGUGGGUUUGUUUUGGAAAGAAAUGAGCAGUAUUAGAAAAGCAUACUGCUGGUGAAAUUGGAAGUUGAUUUUUGUCUUGAGCUUUAUUGUGAAAUGGACUUUAAAAUAAAUGAUGUAGCUCAUUAUUAAAUUAACCUUGAAUCACUCUUAUACAGAAA